AUGAAUCGAAAAGUAUCAUGUGUGCUUUGUGGCGCCCCAAUCAUUGAGCCUGAGCCCGAGGACUCAUCAAGCAAGUGGAUGGGCUCUUUUCGCGUGUUGUACACGGUCUGGGAAAAUUGGUCCCAACCGCGAAUAUCGGGUAUCGGACGACGCAGCUGGUGUAAUGUGAUUCCGCUAGAUGAAGCCGUGGCAAGAGAAGCUCCAUUGGCCAUCGUCGACGAGGUGUGGCUGAAGGUUAAACUCUUGAUGCACGAUUUCGACCCAGCACUUCAUGUUGAGUGGAACCCACAGACCGUGUGGGGGUUUCCGCUCCAUGAUUGUUGCUGGCAUCUACUCCGUUUAAACGACCCCGAAGUCCCGGAGUAUGCAGCAGUCCAGAGUCUCUUUGACAUUUGCAGGUCUCAACCGAUUCAGCAUGAAACAAUGGACUGGGGUCAUGAUUAUGCAGGCUUGCUGGAGUAUGAAUUGGCACCAACAGCCGUUUGUCCUGGCGAAUCCGCCGUUCUGAGGGGAAGGUCCUUGAUUGGUGAGACGCAGUUGCCUGACCCUAUCAAUGUACCAGAGCUCCAGUCGAUUCUCGAGCAGAACGGCUUGGAAUUGACCUCUGAUCAGUCUAGCCAGUUGGCAUCUUCCAAGAUCAGCCAAGAUCCUUUCGCGAUAUUCCCGCAUGAGAUCCUAGUUUACAUUUUGGCCGACCUCGGUUCAGCGGAUGCUGUCUCUUUAUUGAUCGCCUCCAGAAUGUUCGCGAGUUCAGGAUUGCCGGGUCCAUUCUGGCAAUCACGUUUCUGGCCCGGCAAGGAGUUCUCUCACAUUUUCGAGCUUUGCGGACAAGGACCAUCGGCUCCUAGAAACUGGCGCCGGACCUAUGGGCUAGUCAAUGCAAUCAACGAUAAUCCAGCUUUAGAGAACCGAAGACGCAUCUGGGGCCUGGCUUCUAGGCUGAAUACGUUGAUACGCGUCCGGACACAGCUGAAAGAUUGCGAAGGUAUCCCCAUCGGCCAAAGCGAAGGAUUUGAGAGCAGAGAACCGCGCCGCUGGAAUCGGCACAUGGGAAGCGUGUCUCCUUUCUGCAACUACUUUACUCGAGGCUCAAGGGCACUCUAUUAUAGAAAGUCCCUUCUGGAAGGAUGGGUCAAGAAGAUCACUAUUUCAGUCAACCACCUCAAUGGAAGGACUUAUAUCUGUGGACUCUCCUUUGUUCACCAGCAAGGGGUUGCAAGUAUCGGCUACCAUCCCAUUGGCAGAAGCGGUCAACAGAUCGAUUUCUGUGAUUCCUCGCCCUGCCAAUGCUCUAUCUCAAGUCUUGAGAUUGCUCGGGACCCGCGAGGAGUUCGAGGGAUAAGAAUACUGUCAAAUGAAGAUGGCUGGUCAAGAUGGGUUGGGGAUCAUGUCGAUCUGCCCAAAAAAACGAUUACAUGCGAGCGGUCGUGUGAAGGGUCCGUUGAGCCAACAAUAACUAUUGUUGCAGGGUUUGACGCAAUGAACAUGGUCUUGCUGAGGACAGAAGGAGCAGGAGUCGCACCAUUACGUGAUACAAGAUUAUGGUACCCUGAGAUUCCAUGUCCUCGUCUCCAUCUCAUAGGAGCUGAGCAUGAGAGGCUUAUGCAAUACAGGGGAGCCCUUCCACACUCUGUAUGCAUGUUCGGGGGGCCAGAUGGAGCAUGGCUUCCUCAUCUCAAGGAAGUAAUUGUAUGGGGUAUUGAUCGGUCUUCUCUUGGUGAAACGGGAAACAACACUCUGGUAUUCGGAAUUGAAUUCAGAUAUGACAAGGGAGUCAAUGAUGGCCGAGAUUCAAUAGUACUUGGGCAUACCUCUACAUCGCAUAUGGCCACACCUUAUUCAAGUACACACCGUGUCUUGAUCGACUCGGCAGGUGGUGAGCGCAUCACUGGGAUUGACGUCAUGUACCAAGACCCGGAUCAAAUGGCUGGUUUCAUUGUUCACACAUCUUCCGGCCGGAAAAGGGAAUUCCCACCUCAUUGUAAGCAUUAUAUUCAAGUGGAUGCUGAAGACGGGUGCGAUUACUUCUCUGAAGAGCUUCGACCACCAUCGGAGACUUGUAUAGUAGGAUUUUAUUCCACUCUGGAGCAUACCGAGAUUGGGGUAACAGGCUAUUAUGACAAGAUACUCAUGGACUUUGGAUUGCUUUGUGCAAAUAAAGCAUAA